AUGUAUCGUGUACUCGCCACCGCUUCGGCGCUCAUCGCCACUGUCCGGGCUCAGCAAGUUUGCUCCCUCACCACCGAGAGCAAGCCUGCCUUGACCUGGUCCAAGUGUACUUCCAGCGGAUGCACAAAUGUCAAGGGUUCCGUCACCAUUGACGCCAACUGGCGAUGGACUCAUCAGACAUCAGGAUCUACCAACUGCUACACCGGCAACAAGUGGGACACUUCUAUCUGCACCAGUGGAAAGACUUGCGCCGAGAAGUGCUGUGUCGAUGGUGCUGAUUACGCUUCUACCUAUGGUAUCACCUCCAGCGGCAACCAGCUCAGUCUCUCAUUCGUCACAAAGAGUCAGGGUACCAACAUUGGUAGUCGUACUUACCUCAUGGAGGACGAGAACAACUACCAGAUGUUCCAGCUCCUGGGCAACGAAUUCACCUUCGAUGUUGAUGUUUCAAACAUUGGCUGUGGUCUGAACGGUGCUCUGUACUUUGUCAGCAUGGAUGCAGAUGGUGGCAAGUCCAAGUACCCCGGCAACAAGGCCGGUGCCAAGUACGGUACCGGUUACUGUGACGCCCAGUGCCCUCGUGAUGUCAAGUUCAUCAACGGACAGGCCAACUCUGAAGGUUGGGAGGCUUCCAAGAGCGAUGUCAACGGUGGUAUCGGUAAAUUGGGCACAUGCUGCCCUGAGAUGGACAUCUGGGAGGCCAACUCCAUCUCCACUGCCUACACUCCUCACCCUUGCACCAAGCUCACUCAGCACGCUUGUGAAGGUGACUCGUGCGGUGGAACCUACUCCAACGACCGCUAUGGCGGAACUUGCGAUGCUGAUGGCUGUGACUUCAACGCCUACCGUCAGGGCAACAAGACCUUCUACGGUCCCGGAUCCGACUUCACUGUCGACACCACCAAGAAGGUCACUGUCGUCACCCAGUUCCACAAGGGCUCCAACGGCCGUCUCUCUGAGAUCACUCGUCUCUAUGUCCAGAACGGCAACGUCAUUGCCAACUCUCAGUCCAAGAUUGCUGGAGUUCCCGGAAACUCUCUUACCGCUGACUUCUGCACCAAGCAGAAGAAGGUCUUUGAGGAUCCCGAUGACUUCGAGAAGAAGGGUGCUUGGGGUGGUAUGAGCGAUGCUCUCGAGGCUCCUAUGGUUCUUGUCAUGUCCCUCUGGCACGACCACCACUCCAACAUGCUCUGGCUCGACUCUACCUUCCCCACUGAUUCUACCAAGCUCGGCUCCCAGCGUGGAUCAUGCUCUACAUCCUCUGGCAAGCCUUCCGACCUUGAGAAGAACGUUCCCAACUCCAAGGUUGCUUUCUCCAACAUCAAGUUCGGUGCUAUUGGCAGCACUUACAAGAAGGGCUCUGAGACCACCCCCGACCCUCCUACCGAGUCUAACCCCACCAACCCUCCCGUCGGCGGCACUGUUGACCAGUGGGGUCAGUGCGGUGGCUCCAACUACAGCGGCCCCAAGACUUGCAAGUCUCCCUUCACCUGCAAGAAGAUCAACGACUUCUACUACCAGUGCCAGUAA